AUGAGCUUGAAAGAAGUAUUCGAACAACAUCCAUGGAGGUCAUUUAAGAAGUUCAAUGAAGCUGCAAAGAGUUGGGGAUUUACUAACAGAGCUGAAGUGAAAAGGUUCUUUGACAAAAAUGUUGUACAUCAAACAAAAAUAAACCCUUACGACUACUUUUUACCAAUUUACUCCAACACUCCUGACGCAUACCAAUUUGACACUCUCAUUCAAAGCAGAAAAGGAGGACAUAAACCAUUCCUCAUCUUCAUAAAUGUUAACACUCGUAAAGCAUAUGCAUAUCCAAUGAAAAAUAAAGGAACUCGUGAAGUGUUAAGAGUUUUACAAAAGUUUGUAGCAGAACAUAACCCAAGUACUUUAACAUCAGACCAAGACAGUGCAUACCUCAGCAACGAAAUCACAGAAUUUCUCAUUAAGCAUAACAUAACUCACUACACUAC